AUGGGCAAUAUACAUAAAGAACAAUCCACAGUUUUAGUAGAAUGGUUUAAAGAAUGUGGUUAUAGUGAGGAUUAUAUUGAACAGAUACUACCAGAAGUAGAAAAUUUGCUCAGCUCUUCGGCCAGUUUUCUCUGUUCUGCGAUACUUUUCCUUCUAUUCACUGGACCCAUCUGCUUUGUGACAACAGCACCAAUUGAAAUGUGUGACUCCUCAGGAUAUGACAAACAGAGCUCCAAACUGACCACACUGAUGUCAGAAGCGGAAAAGCUCACUAAAGGCAUCCGGGCAGAGGCCGUAAUACUAAAUAAUGAGAUUUGCAAGCAGAUCACGUGUAACCACAACAUGGAGAUUGUAGUGCAAAUGCCGACUCUUCCAAAAAUUACUGAACAAGAUGGGUGUUUUCCUUGUUCCACAAACACACCGUUCUGCAAGAACAAGUGCCUACACAAUAUCUUCAGCAGUCUUGUAGAGUUUCACUCCUACUUGGUCUAUGUGAAUAAAACAGACUCAGAGACACAGAAGACUGGCCCAGUGGAGUCCAUAAGACAGAAAGUCAGAAUUCUAGCAGACUAUUUGAGGACCAAACGACAUGUGAACGAGCACACUACACGUAGUCCCCUACCUGAGUUACCUUCUAAAGAUGGCUGGGAAAUUAAAACAACGAGUCACCGUAUCCUGAAAUCUCUUAUUGAAUUAUUGGAGACAACUUCAAGAGUUUUGCGAUUGAUAAAAAACAAUAAUCUAGUAUUAAAAUGUUGA